CGUUAUCACCUGACCUUUCCCUUUCUGCAAUAAUAAAAUGAGGAAACAUUUAAAUCGAACGUUUCUACACUGUCUACAUGAGAUGAAAUCAAACUUCUAAACACUCCACAAUUUUGCUUCAGCAGAUUCAUUUAUAUCUGUUUUCUCCCUUUUCCGUGUUCAGCUCAACUUCACUUAUUAUCCAAUUUACUGGUGACAGUUCAGUUCUCAAUUAAAUCAGGACUUGAACCAAGGUCUUUUGCAUGAUCUGAAUAGGUUCGGCUUACGAAGUGUCAGCAAAGAAACUGGUUUAUAUAUUUCUCCGACUGCACCAAAAGCUAGCAAUUUCAAAGAUGUCUAAUGUGGAGGGUACAAAGAUUUCAAUUCAGGAUAUAAAACUGGUGGAAAAUCGUAUAAAACGGUGUCUCCAACAUUACAUGAACAAGGAGGAAGUUCUGAACACUCUUAUUCAGGACAACGUAGAUCCUCGUUUUACUGAUAUAGUUUGGCAGAGGCUUGAAGAACAAAAUUCAGAAUUUUUCAAUGCUUACUACCUUCAGUUGAUGGUGAAGGAACAAAUCAUGGAAUUCAACAGGUUGCUCUCAGAGCAGGUGGAGCUGAUGUAUCGAACAGGAUCAGUUGGGAUGGCCGCCAUACCCACAUCUAAUGGAUCUCAUGUUUCACCUACAGAGGAUGUGCAGCAGCCAAAUGCAUUCAAUAAUUGUGGAUCAUCAAUCCAGUCUCGUGUGCAAGAAACUCUUGAUGUAUCUGCUCAUGAUAGAAAGAUGACCAUUUUGCCAAACUUGUUCUUGGGUCAGCAUUCAAAUGUGGAAUUGGCACAAGCAACAAAUGGGAAGGUUGUCAAAACCAAAGCUGGUUAUGCUGGUAGUUCACCUUUCUAUUUGAGUGCACAUAGCAAUUUAAUGGAAUCACGUCCUCUGAUGGAUGAUGCACCUGUAUCAUCUUUCACUAGCUUUGAGCCAAGUGCACAGCCCCUGCAUGACAUGCUUUUGGGUGGAAAUGCUCCAUCAUUUGGAUCUUUGGGGCAAAUUCCUCAAAGUCAGUUUUGGUCCCCAGACGUGGCAGCUGAUUUCUGCAAUAGUUCUGAAUUACUGGAGAGUUACUGUAGGCUUCCCAUACUAUCAACCGGUGCAAAUGACUGUAUGAAUCCCCAUGGAGACAUGGAGAGGUUGGAUUCCGUAUCUGAAGGGUUACGAUAUCAAGAUCCUACUACACACUGUCAGGAUUGAACUUUUUGUACAUUUGGUUUCAUCGACAUGGGAAAGACUUCAGACAUCUGAAGGAAAUGAACUUUGAUUUAGAGUCUGUUUUAUCACAUUGUCUUUUUUCUAUUUGAAUGUUUAUAAAGCAGAUAUUACACCUUUGUUAGGUUGUCUUUUAACCAUGAGACUGAUACAUUAGUAAUGCUUUUAAAGCUGUAUGAAUAGGGCAGUAUCUAUCCUUUUCUUCCUUUUUUUCCCCUCUCUGAGUUCUGAAAUUAUGGAGAAUGAAAAACCUUUUCCAGGAUCUGGCUGUUUAUAUCUAAAGACAUUCAACUGUUUCAGCAA